UACGAGCUGCAGUGCGAGAUGGAAACCAUUUGCCGCCCAGUGUAAUGCGACAAUUGCAAUGUGAUGAUACAGAAGCAUGAAGCACCGGAAACGGUGCCCAGUGAGCCUUCUUUCAUUGUGUGCAGGAUGUACAGGACAUUCACCACUUUAGCGCGCAUACAGCUGUGGAUAGUACUGAUAACCUUUACAACGCUGCUGUAUUUUUCUGCUCGUCUGGACCAGAUUUACGAUAAUGCUGUGGCAUCUGAAGUAACGGUUUGCGGGAAGAAGACUGGUUUAUCAGAAUCGAUUAUGGACAGAAUAGAAGAACGAAUUCGCUGCCGGUUGACCUUCGCUUUUCCACGAAAUCAACCAGUUAUACAACUGCAGAACGAUCGAAGAACUUUCAAUUUAACGCAUGAUUUAUCAGGAGCCGUGGGAUUGGGAAAUUUUAUGUUUAUGACCGCGACCACUUUUGGUCUAGCGGCGUCCAGUGGAAGAACACCUGUAUUUAUGGAGCCUCAUCCACAUAUGGCCAAAUUCCUCCACUCAUUCCCUGUUUUUGACCAAAAACCUCCAGCUGGUUCAAUUCCGAAACAUCGUGUAGAAGCAGCUGGAAUCUAUGAGACAUCCCUGCCUCGAAAACUGGCUGUUAACAACACCGCCGCACCGGUCAAACGCAUCAUCACUUUAGCCGGCUUCCUCCAGUCGUGGCGGUACUUUCAUCACAUCCGCGAUGAACUCUUCUAUCGCUUCGUCUUCAAGCCAUCCAUAUACACUCAGGUCACUCAAGAACUGAAUACCAAACUGACAAAAUACAUGAAAGACACCAACCGAUCACCACGGAUGAUAAUCGGAAUACAUGUCCGGCGCGGUGACCUUUUAGACCCCAUCCCCCACAGGUACGGCCACACGGUCGCCACACCACGCUAUCUUCUGCGCAUGACCAGCCGCUUGAAUAGCCAGUAUCCGAAUAGCGUAUUCGCCGUGGUCAGCAACGAUCUGCCGUACUGCCGCACCAUACUGCGCAAUCUUGACAAUGUGUUGUACAUGGAUGGCAACAAUACGGCGGAAGUGGAUUUGGCGCUGUUGACGCUGAUGGAUCAUCUGAUUCUCUCCGUGGGAACAUUUGGUUGGUGGGGUGCCUAUCUGAGUGAAGCCGGUGAAGUGUAUUACUACAAACACUGGCCGCGGCGAGUCACGCCCAUGAGUCGAGAAUACAAGAAAACUGAUUAUUUUUUCCCAACUUGGAUUGGUGCCGAUUAGCAUCAGAUCACAGCGUAGCACUGUUAAUUUUACCAAGUUUUUCUAGUCAUUGAUGCUCCUAAACUCACGUGUUUUCUUGAAGCAGCUUAUGCAAUUUUAUUAAUUUAUUACCUUUGCACAGAUGUAACAACAAUUGUUGAUAUAGUGAUAUACGGCAUUGUCCGCGUUGUUUUGUUGUUUUUUGCCGGUGCAUGUUUUUGCGUUUAUGGGUGUACCACACGAGUAUUUUCUUUAGCAGUCAAACUGACGUAAUUGUCUGCUCGUUAUUGCAUGCAGUACGUAUUUUCACGUAGCACUUUCGGAUUUAGAGAAAUUAAUUUAUAUAAAGCACAAGUACAGACAU